UAUUUCGAUUUUUUAAAUUUAUUGUUUUACGAUCACAAUUUAGAUUUAAAUUUUUUUUGGGAAGUCAGCUGUUCCUAGGCCAUGUCUGUGUGCGGCGAUUCGUGGCUCAUGUUCGGCACCCGCGACUUUUACAAGGUGCUGGACGUCUCACGCGGAGCUAUGCCGAGGGCCAUACGCAGCGCUGCCUAUCAGCUGAUCAUGGCGGAGCACCCGGGCCAGAGGCCUGCCAAGCAGCGCAGGAAGGCCCUGCAGAAGUGCCAUCUCGUCUUCAGAAUUAUGAGCAUCCUGACCAACGACAAGCAGCGGGCUCUGUACGAUUCCCCGUCCGAGUUCCCCCCGGAGAGUGCCAGCUGUGAGCUGGACCUGGCCUUCGCCACGGUGCUGGACCUGUGCGCGUGCCUGUUGGGAAACCGCCAGGACCGGUCGGGUGUCUGCGAGCUCUUCCAGAAACACUACAAGGGCUCGCAGCUGGAGCUGGCGGACAUCAAGGCUGCCUACACGCUGGGCAAGGGCUGUAUGGAUCGCUUGUUUAUCGAACUGCCCCUGAUGACGGUCCGGGAUGAGCCACGCAUCCGAAAGAUCAUCAAGAAGCUGAUUAAGUCCAACGACUUGCCCGAGUACAGUAAAUUCAUCAACGAAUCCGUGGAAAAACGGCGGCGACGUCGCCUGAAGUUCGCUGUCUACGAAGCCAAGUCCAAGACCGAGAACAAUGAGGAUGGCCUUCCACAAAUUUAAGUUACAUUAAAGACACCCAAAACUGCAGGCAAAGUG